AGUGUGCGAAGAUGCGACCGACGAGCGCGUGUCUCUCCUUCAUUUUACUCGGCAAGCUCGAUGUUCAUCUCUUGCAUAUCAACCGAUUUCGAGAGAGUAUGAACGACUUUAACGGUUUCGUGCAACAACGUGCGACUCUAUGCACGUGCGAUAGAGAAAUUCUUUAUUAAAUGCUACCGCGUAUAUCGCGAAUCUCAUCGUCGCGCGACCUCCAUUUUUCCCGUGCAAGUUCUCCCGUUUACCGUUUGGCAAAAGUUUGACGGGCAGCACUUUAGUUAUGCCCGUACACGCGCGUCCUCGUCGUCCUCUUCCUCGUGCCGGCGAACUCAACUAGGAUAUUUAUAUCAAAAUGUUUGUCACGCGAAGCUUUUCCCAGUUAAAGAACUCGACAUUAAUGCUAACGCAAAAAGUGCUCCAGAUUCGUGGAGAUCUUGGCACUGCCAGACUGCUACCAGCAGUUUCUACGAUGCAUCUAUUAAAACCUAAGAGUAUCUAUACAACUGCGCAUUGCAAAUCUACAGUUGAAGUUAUACAACCAUUAGGACCUAUAGAAAGAGUGCUAAAAAAGAUUGGUGUCUUAGACAUCCAGAAAUAUAGAUAUAUGGCAGUUGGCAAUCGAGUAUAUGAAAAUGUAGUAUCUCAAAUAGAUUAUCCCUUUUUUUACAAACAUUUCAACAUGGCAGAUACAUUUUUCUCAUGGUUCCUGGUGACAGAACUUCAUGUAUGGAUGAUAAUAGUUCGCUACAUGGCUGAAGGUAAUGCUGGCAAAUUAAUUAGGAAAAGUAUAGUAACUACACUAUGGCAAGACACAAAUGCCAGGGCAGAAAAUCUUGGUAAAAUCACUGAAAAGCUUAGGAAUAAGCAAAUAAAAGAAAUAUCAGAACAAUUCAAUGCUGCUUUAAUAGGUUACGACGAAGGUAUACAAUCUGAUGAUAAAGUAUUAGCAGCAGCAUUAUGGAGGAGAUUCUUUCAUUUGGAAUGCAAUAAUCCAGAACAUAUUGAAACCCUUAUCAUUUAUGUUAGAAAACAGAUCUAUUUAUUUGAUAAUUUACCAUCUCAUGAAAUUUUAAAGAAACCUAUUUUAAAAUUAAUAGAUAUAAAAGAUGUAUGUAAGCAUCAAUAUUAAUUGUUUUUUACACAGUGUUAAUAUAUAUAUAUUUAAUAGAUGAGUUAUCGAAAUGCGUACUUGUAAAUACAGAUCAUAAUAAUACAAUAAAAAAUUACUGUAAAAAAUGUAGUAAUAAAUAUAGGACGUUGUUUU